GCCGGCCCGGGGGGCUCCUGUCCGGCCGCCGAGGAUGAGGAGGGUGUGACGGGCGGGACAUGGCCCUGUGAGAGCGGCCGCUCCUCGCCGCGCUGCCCGCAGCCACCAUGGGCUGCUGCUGCAGCUCGGACUACGACGAGGACUGGAUCGAGAACAUCGACAUCUGUGAGCACUGCAAUUACCCCAUCGAGCCCGACAGCAAGUACCAGAGGCCGAUCCGCAACGGCUCCGAGGUCCGAGACCCCCUGGUGUCCUACGAGUCCUCGUCACCUCCGUGCUCCCCCAUGCAAGGUGAGGCAUGGCUGUGGCCUGGGGGCUGUGCCACCCCCAGAGGUCACUGCCACCCUGUCCCUCCUCUUGUCCCCACAGAGAAGCUGGUGGUGGCCCUGUACAACUACGAGCCCAAGCACGACGGGGACCUGGGGCUGCGGAAGGGGGAGAAGCUCCGUGUGCUGGAAGAGAACGGGGAGUGGUGGAAGGCGCAGUCGCUCACCACGGGCCAGGAGGGGCUGAUCCCACACAACUUCGUGGCCUUGGUGAACAGCCUGGAGCCCGAGCCGUGGUUCUUCAGGAACAUCAGCCGCAAGGACGCCGAGCGGCAGCUCCUGGCCUCGGGCAACACCCACGGCUCCUUCCUCAUCCGCGAGAGCGAGACCUCCAAAGGCUCGUACUCGCUGUCUGUGCGGGACCUGGACGAGAGCCAGGGAGAGACGGUGAAGCACUACAAGAUCCGGAACCUGGACAAUGGCGGCUUCUACAUCUCCCCCCGCGCGCCCUUCGGGACCCUCAGGGAGCUGGUGCAGCACUACACACGCAGCUCCGACGGGCUCUGCUGCCGCCUGGGCAAGCCCUGCCGGACGCAGAAGCCGCAGAAGCCGUGGUGGCAGGACGAGUGGGAGGUGCCGCGGGAGUCGCUGAAGCUGGUGGAGAAGCUGGGAGCGGGGCAGUUCGGAGAGGUCUGGAUGGGCUUCUACAACGGGCACACGAAGGUGGCAGUGAAGAGCCUGAAGGCUGGCAGCAUGUCCCCCAGCGCCUUCCUGGCCGAGGCCAACCUGAUGAAGAAGCUGCAGCACCCGCGGCUGGUGCGGCUCUACGCCGUGGUCACCAAGGAGCCCAUCUACAUCAUCACCGAGUUCAUGGAGAAGGGCAGCCUCGUGGACUUCCUCAAGACCUCGGAAGGAGUCAAGCUCAGCAUCAACAAACUCCUGGACAUGGCAGCACAGAUCGCUGAAGGCAUGGCUUUCAUCGAGGCCAAGAAUUACAUCCACAGGGACCUGAGGGCAGCCAACAUCCUGGUCUCGGACACUUUGUGCUGCAAAAUCGCCGAUUUUGGGCUGGCCCGGCUCAUCGAGGACAACGAGUACACGGCUCGGGAGGGGGCCAAAUUCCCCAUUAAGUGGACGGCGCCCGAGGCCAUCAACUACGGCACGUUCACCAUCAAGUCGGACGUGUGGUCCUUCGGCAUCCUGCUCACCGAGAUCGUCACCUACGGCCGGAUCCCGUAUCCAGGCAUGACCAACCCCGAGGUGAUCCAGAACCUGGAGCGUGGCUACCGCAUGCCGCAGCCCGAGCAGUGCCCGGGCGAGCUCUACGAGCUGAUGAGGCAGUGCUGGAAGGAGAGCCCCGAGGAGCGCCCCACCUUCGACUUCCUCAGGAGCGUGCUCGAGGAUUUCUUCACCGCCACCGAGGGCCAGUACCAGCAGCAGCCCUGAGGCUUCGGGGGGCCGCGGGUCCCCAUACGCCCCACCUUGGACUUCCUCAGGAGUGUCCUUGAGGGUUUCUUCACCGCCACCGAGGGCCAGUUCCAGCAGCAGCCCUCAGGCUUUGGGGGUCCCCACAAACCCCACCUUUGACUUCCUCAGGAGCGUCCUUGAGGGUUUUUUCACCGCCACCGAGGGCCAGUACCAGCAGCAGCCCUGAGGCUUUGGGGGUCCCCACAAACCCCACCUUUGACUUCCUCAGGAGCGUCCUUGAGGGUUUCUUCACCGCCACCCUCAGCAGCCCUGAGGGUUCGGGGUGCUCCCCACAGACUCCAUGGACGUCGCUCUGUGAGGAUUCGAAGCGCUCCAGAGCUCGGGAGCAGCAGAUCGGACUCCUUCAGGAGGGGCUGGGCGGCCGGAGCAGCCCCCCAGCCGCUGGAGGGUGGCGCAGGGUGCCCAAGGGUGCCCAGCCUGUGUCCCUGCCCUUGCCGGGGCACAGCCCGGCUCCGGCCCCUCAGGGCUCGCCUCACCCCGCUCCGCCCGUGCCCCCCUCACCCCCGGGCAUGGCUGCAGCCCCCUCAGCAGCACUGGCCACGGCAUCCCUUGCCUGUGGGCGCUCCCUCUCCCCUCAGGGCGUUUGCAGGACCCGCCCCACAAUCAUUUUGGGGAAAUAAAGGCAUUUUCAGCGCCGGGGGUCUCGCAGGGCCGGGUUGCCGUGGGGUGGGGUACGCGGGGUGGUGCUCGCGGCGCACGGACCCCGAUGGGGGCACACGGACCCCACUGGCACCAACCCACCCCGGGGAGCCCCUGGGACCCCCGG